CGUCAGGCACUUCACUGUCUCUCCGUCUCUCGUUCACUCUCUGACUGCUCCCCAGAGUACGACUUGUUCCUUCGAAGUCUCUCGCUACACUCCUAUCCUCUGUCCUCGUCGGUGCCACACAGUGCCCCACAAACCACGCCUCCUGUGCCGUCGCACCUGCCAGGCAAUGUCCUUACGAGUCUAUUUCAGCUUAUUAGCUGGGCUGGGUGGCCUUCCUGUCCGUGUUGUCGGGCUGCCGAGGCCUCUGAGGGGUUCGCACACCGCCUGGAUGCUUAGAAGGACUCGUGUGGGGUGAUGUGUGUGCCGGGCAUGAGAGUGGUGGGUGCAGUGUUGGCGGUGACCUGUCUAGGAAGCAGCCAAGCCCUCACGCUGAUCCCUCCAUGCCUCCUCAAAUUUGAUAAUGGGUCAUCUGUAAAUCUCAUGAUGGUGGCGGCUGAACCACUGGACGCCCCGAGGUUCAUCGAUGUCACUGCGGAGAACAAGCUUGACCACAGUAAAUACUCCUACAACCCCUGCUACUCCUAUGUGUAUCCCCCGGAUGGUGAGGCAAUGGCCUGCAGUAAAGAUGUUGCUGUCUGUCAAGCAAGUAAAUAUGGCUAUUCUAAUAUUGGUACUCAGAGUUCUGCUGUAUUCCACUACAGUAAUGAAACUGGCGGAUGGAUGAUUAUCUAUAAGAAUUACAAUGGUAAUAGCGUGACUAAUGUGUUCCUUCAGUGUAGUAACGACACUGUGGAUUCUUUACACGUUUGGGGCAAAACUGAGAAGAAAAGUGUGUAUAACAUGACACUAGUUUCUCGCUGUGCCUGCGUUGAUGGUUGUGGUUAUCCCAUCCUUCCGAGAGGUAUGUCCCUGGGCUCAUUCCUGCUGCUGCUGCUUCUGCUGGCGAUCCUCCUCUAUCUAUUGGUUGGUUAUGUUUACCGGCGCUUUGUGAUUGGAGCAAGAGGAAUAGAGCUCUUCCCUCACCUCAGUUUCUGGAGGGAGUUCCCUUAUCUUGUACAGGAUGGUUUCCUCUUCUUAAUAAAGUGUGGACAGGAUGACCUGACUUAUGAGAGAAUAUGAGGGCUAAGUACAUGAACAGUCAAGAGAAUAUUGGAAAUGCAGACACCAAGUUCCAAGUGGGAUGAGGACACCAGUACCUUAUUAACUUCACACUAAAAGAUUAAUAAUGUUGGUAAAUGCAAUUUUUUUUUUUUCCCAGAAAAAAUGUAUGUGUAUUAUUUACAGUGCAUUAAUUAUUUCUUACAUUUCUUUAUUUUUAACUUUCCCACUAGAAUUUUAAGGUUUAUAUCAGUCAAUAUUAAUAAAUGAAUACUUUUUAGAAUAAAACUAUGCUAAGUGUAAAUUUUGUACUGUGUAUACUUUCUACUUUGGGGAAGCACCUCCUGUUAAUAGUACAUGAUACAUAUACAUAUUACAUAUUUCUUCAUGUGUUUUAUAUGACUUUAACAGGAGAAAGUCAAGGAGCACCAUUAAAAUCAUUAACUGGAGUCUGUGUGUUCACUUUUGUUAUGAUAGAUACUUUUUACUCUCGAAACCUGCAGUUAUAAAUUGUGGCUAAUUCUUUCUCAUAUAUAUAUAUAUAUAUAUAUAUAUAUAUAUAUAUAUAUAUAUAUAUAUAUAUAUAUAUAUAUAUAUAUAUAUAUAUAUAUUCCUGUGGAGGGGAAAAAAAAAAAAAGCAGGUUUUAUCAUCCCAUUCUCUGUUUAUGUUCAAACUAAUAGAGUAAUUACUCUAAGGUCAAGAUUAUACCCUAAUGUAGGCUGGGAUGAAACUUUGUCUUUUUAGAACGUAUAUCAAUCACAUGUAACUUCAAACUUUGUAUGUUCUUAUAUUAUUCUUAUGUUAUUCCAUGCAUUUUGUAACUCCAUGACAGGUUGUUCUGAAGUGUCUUCAUUAUAAUCCCCUAAUGAUUACUAUUCAAAAUAGCUGUUAGGAUUCUCACAGGUUAGAUCUGUAUAGUACACUACAUUUCCAGUCGUCACAUCAAUCAGCAUAUGUAUUGUUACUGUAUAUUGGAAUUAUUCAACUCUACCAUGAAGACAUUAUACCAUGAAGACAUUAAUUUUAUAUAUAUAUAUA